UCUCUCUCUCUGAAUGAACGCGCUCCGGAGAAACCGCGCGCGAUGUGAUCCGAGCGAGCCGAUUAGUCGCUUUGAUUUGAUGCCUAAUUAAGAACCGAUCAGUUUCAGUUAAUUGAUGCUCUUUGUUUGUUUGUUGUUGUUUUUUUUUAAAUGACAGAGUCGCGUGCUGACUGAAACAAACAUCCAAACGCAGAGACGGAAAUCAAACAAACCCUGAGCGCAAAGACGAUCCAUCAGUCCGACUGAGGCGCAGAGGAGCAGAGUGAGAUCCUCCGGAGCUCCGCGGAUCAUAAACGAACACAUAAAGAAACAUUAAAGGGGAUAAAGAAGAAGUUAAAAAGAAGAAGUUAAAAAGAAGAAGACGACAGGAGGGGAUUUUCUUUUGGCGCGACAGCUGGAGGAAAACUUGGAAAUAAAGGAGAAGAGUCCUCCGCCAUGCAACAUGAGUAACGACAGUAACGGAGCCGGGGGGCUGCAGCCCCUCUGGAACUUCAACGGGUCAUCGGUGAACCAAUCAGCUGACCUGUUCUCCAACACGACCUGCAACGUCUCCACCAACGAGACAUCCUGCUCCGCUAACGAUGGCGCCGGUGCAGGAAGUCCUUAUAAGGCUCUGGAGAUGUUUUUUAUCGCCUUGGUGACGGGGUCCCUGAGCUUUGUGACAGUGACAGGAAACAUUUUGGUCAUGCUGUCGAUCAAAGUGAACCGCCACCUUCAGACUGUCAACAAUUACUUUUUGUUUUCGUUGGCGUGUGCGGAUCUGAUCAUCGGCGCUUUCAGCAUGAACCUGUACACCGUCUACAUCAUCGUGGGGUACUGGCCGCUCGGCCCCGUGGUCUGCGACCUGUGGUUAGCGUUGGAUUACGUGGUCUCCAACGCCUCGGUUAUGAAUUUAUUGAUCAUCAGCUUCGAUCGGUAUUUCUGCGUCACAAAACCGCUGACGUACCCGGCGAGGAGGACGACGAAGAUGGCGGGUUUGAUGAUCGCAGCUGCGUGGAUCCUGUCCUUCAUCCUGUGGGCGCCCGCCAUCUUGUUCUGGCAGUUCAUCGUUGGGGAGCGGACGGUGCCACCUGGAGAGUGUUACAUUCAGUUCCUCUCUAACCCCGCGGUGACAUUCGGGACGGCCAUCGCUGCGUUUUACCUUCCCGUCAUCAUCAUGACCGUCCUGUACAUCCACAUCUCCCUGGCCUCCAGGAGCAGAGUCUCCAAACACAAACCGGAGAAGGAGAAGAAGAAGGGCAUCAAAACUCCCAGUCUGCUUAAGAGUCACCUGUUGAAGCAGAACAACAACAACGAGACCAGUCCUCAGGCCAGCCCUCGCUCCACCCCCAAGCUCAGCCUGGACUCCACCACCACCGCGCUCGACGCCGUGAAGAACGGCCGAGUGGAGGAACCCAAACCGGAGCAGAACCAGGCGCCUGCUCAGCCCAGUCCUGGACUCACACAGGAGGAGAAGGAGAGCUCCAACGAUUCGUCCACAGCUUUCAUCGCCCCGACAGAACCAAAGGAGAACCCGAACAACGAGGUCAUCUCUGAGGCGGCAAUAAAUCCAAACCCGGAUCCAUCCUCAGCCUCCAUCUCUGCUGACGCAAAGAUGGGCCCCGGCUCGAGGUGGUCAAAGAUAAAGAUCGUAACCAAGCACAGCGGGGACGAGUGCAUCACCGCCAUAGAGAUCGUACCGCCUGUGGACGGCAUCGAGCGCCAUUCCAUCCCCAUCAGCCGCCCUCGGACUGUGGCGAGGAAGUUUGCGAGCAUCGCCAGGAGCCAAGUGAAGAGGAAAAGACAAAUGGCUGCCAGAGAGAAGAAAGUGACCAAGACAAUCUUCGCCAUCCUGCUGGCCUUCAUCAUCACCUGGACGCCGUACAACGUCAUGGUGCUGAUCUCCACCUUCUGCCAGUCCUGCGUCCCCGACACCGUGUGGGCCAUCGGAUACUGGCUGUGUUACGUCAACUCUACCAUCAACCCUGCCUGCUACGCACUGUGCAACGCCACGUUCAAAAAGACAUUCAAGAACCUGCUGCUGUGCCAGUAUAAGAACAUAGGAACCAGAUGAGAUGGAGGAGGAGGAGGAAGAGGAAUGAGGGUGGGAUGGAAGGGGACGGGGCGAACCACUACACAACAUGUGGGACGGAGGAAGAGAAAAUGAGCUGGAGGAGAAAAACGGAUGACGGAUAAAUCAAGUCGAAGGAUUCCUUUGUAAAGAGAAGAGACAUCUGAAACAAAUGAACGCCCUGUCGGUACAGAUACACUCAGAGAGACAUGGAAAUGUGAACCAGGGAUUCCUUAACCUGCCCUAAAACUGAAAAAAAAAUCACAAACUGAGCGGAAACACGGCUUCACAGGAAUGGGGGGAAAUACCUAAAGGGGUUUGAAAUGAGAUUAAUGGAAACUGAGGUUGGUAGUAAUAGUAGAUAAAGGAGAAAUGAAGGGAAUCAACAGAAAUGUGAAGGUAUGGAUUGAUGGGGUGACAGAGCUGAUGGCAACAUCUAAAACAGGGUGACAACACUGCAGCAUGCAAGGCUUAAGAGGUCGUCUUAUUUGAUAGAUAAAUGGAUGAAUAUUGGUGGCCAAUGGAUGAUUGGAUGGAUGGAUGGUUCACUGGACGGGUGCAUCAGCUCAAUCCAGCUGUUGUUGUUAGCGACUUGUCAUGUGUAGACGGAGGCUGGUCUUGUUGCUGCAGCAGCUUAACUUGUUUUUCCAAAGCUUGCACAUUCCACGACUCGUGUCCAACGUCUUCGUUUCAACGUUUGCAGAAAUCGUUUGCAGAAAUCGUUUGCAGAAAUCCAAAAUGUUCCUUUAGUUGUUGCCGUCAGUUUUGCUGGCGAUGGGGGAGUUUCUCUUAAAUGUUUUUUAAUUCGAUUUGGAACGUGCCUUGCAUCACGUAGUUUGGCUUUUACUGCCGCCUAUUGGCUUUAUUGUGAACUGCGUCAUGGGCAAUGUGUCUUUCAAAACUGCCCUCACAGCAUUUGCACCCAACUGGAUUCUAUAAAAUCCACAUCGAUGCACGUAUUGGCAUUGGUUUUUUGAGCUCAGGCGUCAUGGUUGGAUGGUCGAUUGGAAGGCGUGGUCAUUAUAAUAUAUCACGGCCAGAGUGGCACCCACUUGGGCUUACCUGGGUUAGGUGGGCUGCAACUGGGCUCAGAGUGGGCUGCUUUUGGGGCCCACAUUGGCAUAUUAGAAACAUACAGUAAACAUGGGCUAGGAAGUGGUUAACCAUUUAUGGAUACUUGAUGGGUCCAAAGUCUCCAUCUUUGGGCUCGUAAUGAAUUCACCUACACCCGUUAACACCAGUUGGGCGUCCCGAUCAGCCCAUGUGCAACACUUUGGAACCAACUUUUGGAUUUGUUUUCAGGAAUGGAUCUAUAAAUGAGAUACCAGAUGGAUAGAAAGAAACACCUGUUGAUCGGUGAAAGCUUGAUUAUUCUCCAAAGGCAGACAGAACUUGGACCAACCCCAAAAUUUGCAAACAAAAUGCAAUCAAUUCCACCCAGAAAGGUGUUUAUUCAAAGACAAUAGCUACAACCCGGUGUAUGGAGUCACUUAUUAUCCUCUUCUAUCUCAUAUUGUAUGACCAUUGGCAAAGUCGGGAUGAGAGUGUGUUUGUCCGUUGGCUGGCUGGCUUUCAUCCUCAUAAAGACAUGAUGUAUAAUAACGGUGUUGUUCUCCACCUUCUAACAGUCCUGUGUCCCUGACACUGUGUGGGCUAACGGCUCCUCGCUGUGUUAUGUUAACAGCUCGUCGUGUCCUGGACAACGCCACAUUUCAAAAGACAGUCCGAGAAACUGCUCUCGUGCCAGUGUGGAAAUACAGUCACAAAGAGAGGGAGGAAAGCGAGGGAGGCAACGGGUUGAAACGGGCAAAAUCAGAACUCUGAGGAGGGAAGAGACAGAAUAUUAUUUUGACAAGUGAGUGAUCGUGGGAUGAUGGCGCUGAAGAUGAGAAAAUGGUGACAGAUUGAGGUGGAAAGAUUCUCUCUAAAGAGGAGAGAAAUCAACAUCGGAGAAUUCUCUUUUAUUAGUGCAGAAAGUUUACGUCUAACCUUACCGUAACCUUGGAAACCGGUGUCUCUACUUGUUAAAGGCAUGUGUUGUGUUUCUGCAGCCAUGUCUACAACUUCCUCAUGUGAGACUGUAUAGAAAACUUUACAACAAACUUUCACUUUAAUUUCAAGAUAAGAGCAGACGACUUACAGCUGAGCGUCACAGCAGGCCAUCAAACCUUAAACAUCAUAUCAAUGCACAUCAUAAUAACUGCAUGCCACCAUGGAGCCCAGUCUUGCUUAAUGGAUCAUAGAGAAUUCAUUUCAAAGAACCACAAAACUUGAUGCAGGUGAACUUUAAAGUAGUUUAAAAAAAAAAAAAACGACUGACCUUUUGGGAGCUCGAGGAAAAACCUGCAGCCGGAACAUUUCCAUUUAGGUGUACGGCAUCUCGAAAGGGAUCGAUAACUCGACAGGGUUUUGGAAAUCUUGAUACAGUUUUAUUUCAUUUUCAAAUGAAAGCAGAAAAAGCACGAGGUGGACACGGGGCCUCAGAGGUAAGACACCCUGAGGAACACCGUAGAAGAAUAAUUUAGAUACCUUGCAUUCGCUUGUGAUCACUUUAAGUUAAUAAUCAGGUGUGUUAGUGUCGUGCGUUGCUGCUUUUUUUAAACCAUUUGCAUGCAACAAAAUGACAAAAUGAAAUAUCAUUUCACUUUUAAGCUCUUUGUCGUCGAUCAGAAUCAGAAAUACUUUACAGAAUAUAAAUAUAAAGAACAACUUUUAAACUUUAAGAUGUAAGUAAGAAAUAUUUAAACAUUUUAUAUAUAGAAAAAAAUAUAAGAAAGAAAUCAUAAUGUACAAAAUAUGAUGUGUACCCAAUAAAGAAAACAGGCAGAUAAAGGUGAUGUCGUGAUUUAAAGCUAAACGCCCAAACUCUUUAAAUAAGAUUUACAAACGUAUCGCUGAGUUCCGGCGUAUUACACAAACGAUAAGUUCAGAUUCAGGGUUGAUAUAGGCCUGAGUCAACGAUACUUUACAUUUGCUGCCGUUGGUUUGUGAACUUAAAGUUUUGUUUAUUCUCAAGUUUUUAUUUCCAUAUUCAAAAGAUAUUAAAGGUUUAUCCCCAUAGCAGUCCUAAGAAAAUUACUACAACCUUCAUGCUCAAACAGCUCAAACAAUAAACACCACGAUGAUGUAACAAUUCUGAGUGAAACUAAAAGAGGGAAGGCCUUUUUGAAGGACCAGCUCAAGGACAAAACACGUUAGGAUGACUGAUCUUUGUCAGGUGAAGGAUGAUGAAUGAAAUUAAAUGAGUUGUCUUUGUACAGUUUGUCACGUUGAGAUUAAGGAAUAAAACAUUGAGAUGCUUUGUUAUCUUUGAAAAUAAACUUUUAAUGCAUGAAUCUAAUUUAAUUUGUUCUUGGAGUCUGUAAAGUGGGGUGGGGUCACAGCAAGAGGCCUUAAAAAACAGUUCGUUUUACUCAUAGCCUGUAAAUAAGAAUGUUUGAAGCCUGAGUGUCGUCCCCCAUCUGUUCCUGCAGGGGGGCGCUGGAGUCCCAUCGAUGGUGGUCUCCAUGCUGGAAAUGCUCUCAGCCUAACUUUUCAGUUCAACUGAAAUCAUCAAAACGGCUGAAUUCCCCCAAGAUAGGACAGGAUAGGAUAAUACUUUAUUGAUCUCCAGAGGGGAAAUUCGGGCGUUGCAGCAGCACAGACAAGUAGCUCGAAAUACAAAAUACACAUUAAACAGAAUAGAUAAGAUAAAUAAAAAUAAAAAUAGGGGGUAUAAACAAGUACAAAAUGAAUGAUUAAGUUAACUAUGCAGGGAAUUGAGAAUUGAGACAGUAUUUGCAGAGAAUGACAAGAUAAAGUGACAAGUGAUGAUUAAAGUGACUUGGUAUGAUAAAUAGCAGCAAGUAAUGUAAACAGCAGAGAAGAGAGGCAGUAAUGCAGAGUGCAGUUAUAUAAUAUAAUAUAAUAUAGUGCAAUAUGAACAAUAUAGUGUAAUAUAAUUAAAUGUUAUAUAAUAUAAUAAAAAUAUAUACAAUGAAGAACCCUUACAGCCAGUAAUUAUUGGUUGAUAAAAUUAGUUUAUAACAUUUUUUAUGUAAACAUAUAAAGGCAGUGAUUUGUCUGAAAUUAUACAUUCAUAAAAAUAAAAAGUAAAAAUGUUUUAAUUUUUUUUUUUUUUUUUUUUUUUUUUUAUUUGCGUGAUGACGUUCUGAUGACGCAACCGUUGAGGACGUGAACUUCGCUUUGGACGGACAAAGUAAAUACUGUCACUGUUGUAGUUUUUAGGCUAGAAAUGUCUAAAAGUUUAGUGAAAUACGACAGUGACAUUCGUGGUUAUCCGUCGGCUGUUGAGGAGUGUUACAUUUUGUUGUCGGUUAGAAGUGAAAAAUAAAAAAGGAAAGUUGACGAGGACGAACAAACAUGGCGGCUAAUUACGACGACGAGGAGGGCCGUGAAGAAGAGAGCUGCUUUGAUACUGUAAGUUAGCUGAAAACAAUCUGCUUCUAUGUGCUUAAAUUACUCAGCUGUUAGGCAAAAAGAUGUUUUUAAGAUAAAUCCAUCUCACAAAAUAACGUAAGUGUAACAUUUUCUCCUCUUGGUUGUUAUUUUAACUGUAACUUUACGAUGUAGCGGAAGUCCCCUUUUGCAGUUUUUCAAAGUAAAAGCACAUUAUAUUUGAAGACCUGAAAUAAAGACUCUGAGGAGAGCAAAAUAAAAGCAUCACAAAGAGCAGUUUUGAAUCUGGUUUUUAGAGCUAACUGGGUUACUCACAAUGGAUGUUCAUAAAAUUAGUGUCUAAUUAUCUUUUGUAACUUUGUCUUGUUGUGUGAUGUGUCAGCUAACAUUAGUUAUUGGACAUUAAAUGAAACAGAAUGUGUUCAUUUUUUUUUUAUUAUUAUUUUUUUAUUUGACCAGGUUGGUCCCAUUGAGAUUAAAAACGUCCUUUUCAAAGGAGGAAAUAAAAAGAGAGACACAGUACAAUUUACAAAGCACAACAUUUUGGAUUAAAAUAGAGCCAUCUAUGAGUCAUGUCUGAUUUGAUAGAGGGUGGUAAUAUACUAGUAUUAGAACACCCGCUCUUUUAAAAUCCCUGCUCCACCCGUGCCUCACACUGUUAAUGUGUCUGUCCUGGAAACCGCACCUGUUUAACAGCUGUACGAUUUAACAACAUGCAUGUUCAGAGGAGGAGAGAGAGAGAGAGAGAGGACGGAGAACAGGUAGAGGGAGUGCACAACAUCUGGAUGGGAGGAAAUCGCAGACGGAGAGGGGAGACGGCAUGCAGAAAAGGGAAUUAAGGAAAAGAUAUAAUGAGCUUGUGGAUGAAAAGUCGGCCAUGGUGGGAGGAGAAUUCUUCAUUUAGUGCUGUUCUUCCAUCCCUAAUGCUGGAGCUGGAGGUUUAGUCUGACAGAUUUAGACAGAAAGGCUAAAAAAGAAUCUUAUUAGCUGAAAGAUUCAGUGUGUUCGGUUCUCUUUCUCAUAUUUAACAAUGAUUCAUUAGAUGGUUUUUGUACCCUCGUAGCAGAAUCGGUUCGAUUAAUGUCUGCUGGUAGUUACUCUGUCGUUUGUGUAAAUGAUGAGGGAAUAUCAGGUCAUAAUUUUACAUUUUCAGGACAGGACUAACCGGGCCUGUCUGAGGAGUGAAACGUCUCCCAGUCGGCCAAAGUGCCGAAAUAUCUCUGGUGGCUCAGCAGCACUCGGGCUGGGUUCCUGUCUGCUUAUAAUGUCACCGCGUCGGCUUAGUGAGGCUCAGCAGCUCGUCAAAACUCAGUCAAGCACCUACUGCUUGAGAGAGGGGGAAAAGGAAACGGUGACAUCAUGUUCUUCCACAUCGGGACAGAGGAGGAGUGACUAAAAUGUAGGACUCCGGCUGCAGCAGCCCUCAGUGAGUGUGCACAUGCUACAGUAAUUAGUGCAAUAAGUCUGACUUGGCCCAGUUCAUAGUCAUCCUUCUUUGAAGUCUGGCAAUGCUUACUCAGCGUGAGGGAGUGAAAGUUCAAGAAAAUAUUUCAACAGUUUCCAGCUAGAAAUCUCGACCUGUUUUAUUGAAUUUGUAACUAAAGCCAGGCUGUAGUUCUCGAGGUCAGUCCCUAAAUGUUUGGGGCAUCAUCUCUGACUCAUUUAUGUUGUUAAAAUGUUCAGGCUUAUCUUACAUUAGGUCUCAGGUCUCUUUUAGUUUACUCUUUGGGACUCUUCAUCUAGAUUCCUCGUCUGUCAGACGUCUAAGGUUAAAGGGGUCUUUGUUGUGUUGUUUAAAUUUUAUUUUGGGGUCAUAGUGAGCAAUCGGCUUUCUCGCUCCAUGCCCUAUUGUUUAUGGUGAGAAGGCAGAAUCCGGGAGCAGCUGUGGGAGUGUCACCCACCUGGGGGAGGGGUUACUGCCCUUUGUGAUGUCAUGAAGGGAUAAUCUCCAAACGGCCUGUUUGAGCACACAUUUUCUGAAAAGUGGAGCAGGCAGAAGACGGAGAGGAUGGACUUUUCUCAUCAUUGGGGGGUUUGUAGACAGAUUAGAGACACGUGUUAGAGUUAGAGGAACAUGGUGAAGUGUGUUUUGUAUCAUAUGUGACCUUCAAGAAAAAGAUUUGAGAGACAUUUAUCCUACUUGUCUUUAUUUGAUCUGUAAUAUACUUCUUACUGUCAGGGUUAAAUCCGACUCCUUUUAUUCAGCCUAAGUUUGAAAACAACGGCGCAUGACUUUGACAAAUGACUGUAAUUUAGAAUAUAAUUGCAUGACUGUCACAACAUGUACAAAAUGAAUUCCAAAGAGACAUAAUGAAGUGAAAACAUUUCUCUUUAUUGUCUCUGGCUGUUCUCGGCGGAGACUCUGCAGGAACAUUUAAACAGCUUCUGAUAAUUCAGCGUGUUCUCUCUCCCCUGCAGUUUCUCUUCGUUUAGUCAUUAUUGUCCUCGGCUUUAUCCCUCCUCAGCUCAUUUUCACUUCUGUGUUUUUAUUUCCCCUGAUAAGUUCAUCUCUUUGUGAUGUAUGGAACAUUAUUAUCGAGCCUUUUCAAAAUACACAGUUAGGAUUACCUAACCCAGUGCAGAUUUGUACCUUUGAAAUUUCAUAACAAUUUGAAUUAUGUGUCGAAAAAAAAGAGUACGUUUUGAGAUAAUGAAAGUUGUAUAUCAGCGGGGCAGCUCAAGGUUCAACUUUGCCGAAAUGUUCACAUCUUCAGCGUCUGAAUGAUAACGUCAGGCCCUGAUCUUUGACUUCAUAACUGUUUAAAAAAUACCACAAAGAAAGGCGGAAUAAAAAGCAGUCUCUAUCACUGCUCUCCAUAAAAGCCCGCUCACAUUUCUAAGUCUCUGCCUGACCUCUCUUUCUUUUGUGUUCAAACUUUUAAAACCUUUUAAAAAGUUUUGCUCCGCCAUAGACUCGUGAUUCAAUCCUUGAGGCUUCAGUUUGCGACAGUAUUUCUCUUAAAGCUCUUUGUUUGUGUUCUCACGUUCAACAAUGAAGCUUUCAUCGAGACGAGACGGACAAAAACACAAUCCGGAGAAUAGGGUGGAAGAAAAGGGAAAGACAAAUGUCGCCCACAAGCUGCAGGAAGUGAUUGACAGUGAAGAUGAUUGGUCGGUAACUUGACAGAUUAAAGUGACAGGAUGUGCGGGAUAAACGUCUGACAGCAGAUUUAGUGAAACUGGACGGAGUGCCUGACUGCUUUACAUGCUGACAGCAUUAAAGGCUUCACUGAACAUGAAAAAUGAAAUUGGACAAGCUGCGUUUAGAAUGAGUGAAAGACGCUGCAGCAAGUACAACUGCAGGCGAGCAAUAUGUAACUCUGACACCUAGUGUUUAAAAUGGGUACUGCAGUCAAAAACCAUUGUAGAGAGCUGUCUCUCCCCCCCCCCCCCCCCCCGCCCCCUCCUCUCUAGAGUGGAUGCUCACACAGGUCACCAUGUGGUGGACUCUGAAGCUUCAGUGUUUAUCCAGCUCUGCAUGGGUCUGUAAACCUUUCUGUGUUCUAACCUCUCUCCAUUUUUCAAAAAGCAUCUCCAAUAUUGAUCCUAGUUUGAGCACGUUUCUGCUCGUGGAGCUUAUUAGAAACAUGCAGAGGCUUUUUAGGUCGGGUACAAUCACUUCUAUCUGAACCACUUCUCUUGCCCGCUUCCAUCGCUGCAACACCUGUUGACCUGAUAACUGCUCUCAUAUCUGGCAAACCGAGGGGCGUCCAAAACAGCCGUGUGGGGGGGUGUCUUAAAAGCGCCUACCUUCUCUGGUCCAAACAAAUCCAGAGCAUUCAGGAGCAGAAUCUAAAGUUAGAAGGAGGACAUACUGGCUGCUGCAUUGUUGUCAGAGAAGCCAGCACUUCAACAUAGCAUGUUUCCUUAAUGUCUGAUCAGAUAGUAAGGUCACAAAAUAUGUCAAAUUGUAAUGUUCUACUCACUAAUGUGUGUAAAAACAACUUCUGCAUGUCCACUCUUCAUUCUGUGUGAGGUUGAAAUCCAUUCACAGAAAGCUGGGAGUGUUUCUGAUUUGCUGCUGUAACUUGGAUUCUUCUCAGUGGAGGAGUUUUUAGUUCUCUGAUAGCGUUUCUCUCUGCGAGUCCCCGGAGAGCGAGCGAGCGAGCAGAGGAGUGAGGCGGAGACAGAUCAGGGAAGAGUCUGACCCACAGGGGGCGUGACGUGCCUUAAGGAGGUGGGCGUACAGGAGGUCUAACAAGUGUGAUUGAGGUUUCUUCAAUACCUUUAAAAAAUGGGACAGACAAAUUGCCUCCCACUUCCAGAGAGCACUCGCCAGCUCUGCAUUGAUUGGUUUCCCAUCAUGCACCUCUGGCUGGAGUUCUUGCUCGUAGCUGUGUCUGUGUAGGGAACCUAAAUGGUUUAAAUAACGACUUCUGAGUAAUCAUCGACUCAAUAACUCGACCUCUCUUUGUCCCGUGGCCCAAAAACUUAACUCCCUGUGGUGUAAUUUCUGGACGCAAUCCUGCAGCUUUGUGUUGAAAUCAGUUGACCCUGUAAGAAGAGCACAACACCAGGUUUCCUUUUCCUGUUAACAACAAAAGCCUGAGUUGUUUAUGCACUUACUAUAACAUUGAUUGGUUGUGGACUCAAGUUUUGAAGCUUAAAGUUUUAAAUUGGCUGUUUUUUGUGUGCCUGAAGUGACCCUUUGGUAAAGCUUCUCCUGCUUCAUCAUAUUUGGCUGUAAGUGGGAACAUAGUGUACAAAAAUGAACAUCUUGCUGUAUCGAAGGAGACUUGAGACCAGGAACUCAUAAAUGAGGAAAAUGUUUUGCACAUUCAGACUUUUAUUGAACAAACGGAGUCACCACUGCAGGUAUGGUCGCUGUCCUUGGUCCUGAAAAUGCAGAAGCCCUGAAUAGUAUCAACAGAAGCUUAAUGAAAUGUAUUUUUCAGUCCUUUAAAAACAUUUUGUCCUGGCUGUACGUACACCAAUUUGACCGACCAUGUGCAGAAUUCUAUCUAAUUCUACUCUAUAUAAGAUUCACAUGAUUUACAGUCUUAACAGCUCGUCCCAUCAGCAGGCAAGCGUUAGACAUCUGCCACUUUGAGCAGCAGCAGACGCUCGCUGUCCACACUGCAUCUAUAAAAUGUUUCCUCCCUUGCUUGGUGAAUUUACCUUUGUUAACAGUAUGGUAUGUAGUGCUUUUAUUUUGAAGGUGGAGAAGCGGAGGUGUUGUUCUUUGGAUUGAAAGUUUGGCCUCGGCCUUGGAUUGAAAGUCAAAGCUCUGCAUUUCAGUCACAGAUUUGGAUACUAUUAAUGCACCGCCGUCUGUAUCUUUGCAAAAACAAACUAACGAGCUCGGUUGAGAGAGGAAAGCGAAAGAAUAUCACCUAAAUCCUUAUCGAGCUCUCUCGUUCCUCAUCCGUGUCUAUGCGAGUGACAGAUGUGAAAAUAGAAACAGGUCAUCGGGUUUAUAAAAUGGAGGGUCCUUACAGCCAGCUCGCAAACAUAAAAUCUCACACUUCAGUUGUAAACAGGAGAAUCAAGCUGAUUUUGUCACUAUUGCACGCUUGUGUCACAUGCUGUUAGGACUCGCUGCAAGUCAGCCGACGGAGAAGAGAGUACUGUGGCCUCAUAUUUGUGUGUGCAGUUGCUAAUAAGCCAUGCAGUGCUCAGUGUUGUUGCCCUCCGUUCAGUGGCCUAAUCCCAAUCCCCCAAAUGUGGCUCAGUUAUCCUGAGCUGGUUUAUGUCCCUUCAUAUCAGAACUGAUAGGAGGGGUUGAGAUGAUCUGCCAAGGUAAAGGAAGCAAGUCAUGUAACUGUACAGUCAUUCAGAAGUCUCUAGGGGUGUGUAUCGAUUCAAAUCUCGAUUUAAAAAAACGAUUACAGACACCUUUUUGUUAUUUCAGGAUCCACUCCAGUCUGCUGUGCGCUAAGAAGCUGCAAAAUUAUUAUUUGACAUUUACAAAGUACAAUAAAAUGUGUUCAAAAUAAUGCAGCUUCUGCUUAACUUUGAAAGUACUUUAACAUGAAUAAUAGGUGAACCCAGGAAGGUGGAAAAGGUGCACGGCAGACACAGCCAGCAGCACGUUUGUCGUGCUCAAACCAGCUGCUGUUAAGUAUUUAUUAAGGAUGAUAGGAGGUACGAUUUUUAAAAUCGAUUCAGAUUCAUAAAAAUGAUUGAACUGAUUUUUCCUCCGCCAUGAUGAACGUCCUUUGACAUCUCAAAUAGCAAUUUUUCCAGAUCUACUUCUAUCUUCUUGUGCACGAGCAUCAAAAUAGGAUAUUUUAAAAGGUUGUUGCAAGAGUAUUUGCAAAGAUCUGGGCUUUGUUUCCUGAACUGUUCUUCUGUGUCAGUGACUCCAACAAUUAGUUUGAAGUCUGAUUUCAAACACACUCCAUUUUGAGACCAAUUGGGAGAGCUGGAUGACCACUACCCUCAUUGGUAGAGUGAGGGAAAUUGGGACUUGGCUGCUGUCUCUGAUGAUCAGAUGGUGCUAAAGUAAGCGCUACAUCAAUGCCCUGUUUGAGUUUGAUCCGACGAUAGCUGAUGAGACGUUUUUUAACUUCUAAUCUGAAGACUUCACAGAGAAUGUAUUUUGUCUGAUGAAACAGAAUCUGAUGAAACAUCCGUGAUCGCAUCAAAUUCACAUUUUCUGUUUUAUGACACGUGUUGAAAACUGCGGAGUAACAAACCGACGCCUGGAGAAACAUUCAUCGGGAUGAAUCAUUUUGGUUUUGUAAAGAUGUACACACAUACAAGUCGGUGUAAAAUACUCCUGUAGUAACUUGUUUCUAGUUCCCAUUUCACUGUAAAUAACUAAAUCUUUGAGCUUACUUACUGAACUAUUCCAAAGAGAGAAGACAUGUUCCUUGUGUUCUUUAAAGUAUAUAAAGUCUAUUUACCUCCUGAUGUACAGAGCAUGUACUUUACCGUGAUCUAAAGACAUUGUGUAUUGUAUUUAUUUUUGUCAAAGUAUUGCUAUAAAAAGUUCAGCUUCAUGACAUCAGAUAAGUGACAUGUCAUUUCCACACCAGUGAAGAGGAGCUGAUUCAUUCAUUAUCCCCCCGCCCCCUCUUUAAGAUGACAAAUGUUUCAUAUUGGGAGCUGAAAAUAUGUAAAAAUAAAAGCUUAUCUGAAGGAAACAGCCCCCUUAUAAUGUCUUAGUAAGGUUUCCUUUAUGUUGGCAACAACUUCUAUGAGCUCUACGUCCUGUAAAUGAAAGAUGCAAUGCCAUACCCGGGUUUAUUUUGGUGCUCAUGACACUGACAGAGCAACUUUUUAAGGAGUAAAUCAAUGCUUAAUGUAGCGGGGAUUUAUUGUAUGAAAUCUGUAUCGAACAAAAGUCGUAACCUGCAGAUUCCUCAGGAUCCGUGUGCGCUCUACCCCACUGGGUUUCCGAAGCUCAGCUAUUAGCAUCAGAUCACAACGUGCAAACAACAGGUUACUUUGCCUUUCCGAGAUUGAUUUGUUUUGACGUAUACAAUCAGGAGUCUGUGUUUUAUUUUGAAAUUGACAGAAUGCUCUAUGUCUUACUUCUGUCUGUAUCGAUCUGCUCUGUUCAGCUUUGUCUGACGCACUCUGAGACUGACUGUGGAGUGCGUAAAGGGCAUACCCGAGCAUUGGCGAGAGAGGGUGCAGGCGCGGCGCAGAUGGAUCCUGUGGAAUCUGCGCUUCAGAAUCUGAUGCUUAUGGGGAAGGUCAUUCAUUGUCCCAGCUUGUAGAGAGGCGAGUACAUGAUUCAUUAAUUCAAAAAACUCUUCAUGUAGGAGUAGAAGAAGACAACAACAACAUGAAAGUCCUCUCCAGUUUGGUGAAAAUAUCUCAACUCUAAGCGUACUUGAGUACUAAACCGAGUGUCCUCCAGUGAUGACUUAUCUCCCACAUCGACCACAAAGCAGCUUAAAAGUGUUGAUUUACUCUUUAAAACAUCGAGUGCCGUCAUAAUCAUUCCCUUCUUCACUUUGGUUCCAGUGGGAGAAAUCCCUCUGAUGAUUUGUUUGGUCUGUAUUACGGCUGUUUGUACUUCCACCUCUUCUUCAUCGUCAUGUUAAAAACUAACAUUUUUAGAAACGACAUAAAUCAUCAGCGGGUGCAUAAUGAAGCUAGUGUUACUUUUUAAAAUGAAAUGUAUUAAAGAUAUAUCAGAAACAACUUGUGUUGAUAGAAAACUGUACUGCAAAUAAAAACACUGCUGACAAA